AGAAGGGGGCGCACGCACAGGCGCGCGCGCGCACACACACGAGGAUGCGCCCUGGCUAGUUCCUCGUUCCCCACCAGCCCCCCUCCUCCAGGAGCCGCCGCUUUAUUCUGAUUGGCCGGCUGGAGUCCCGGCCAGGUGUCAGCAGCAGAAGCAGGAGGCAGCAAGGGCAGGGAAAGGAGUGCGGGAAGGGAUGGCAGCAGGGGCAGCCUCAGGCAUUCCCACCGCCGCUGCCCGUCUCGCCGCCGUGCUCAGCUGUGGCGGCGGUGCUGGGUAAGGAGGAGGACUCUGCUGCCUUGAGCCAAGCCAGGCUGGAAGCAGCGCUCACCUUCUUCCCCUGACAGGCGCCAGGCUGGUGCAGGGAAGAAGAAGAAGACGCCCCGGCAGCCACUCACUACGGCUGCUCUCCUCUUGGGACACUUGCUUAGCGCGGGAGACUCUCGCAGCUGGACACUCCGCCAACUCUGCGGUGCGGGGUGCUGGAGACCUCGAUGCGCCCCGCUGCCAGAGCUAGAGGUGGGCGGGCUGCUCCCUCCCGUGUGUGACUUUGGCUCCCUGGUAAUAGCAGCCCCGCACCGGCUCUGCCUAUGUUUGCGGAGGGGGGACAGAAAUUUGGAGGACCUGUUGACCCAGCUUUCUUCUUCCACAUCGGGAGUACGGGCGAAGAGACCUCCCCGGGGGCGAGAAUUGAUCAGUGAAGUUGCACGCCAGCUUCCAUUUUGGUGCAUCUCUCCUGGAUUAUUCGGAGUGUAUCUUUGUUAACUGAUUGCACUGCGGAUAGAGCUAACAAUGGGGAGGAAGCUGGAUCUUUCUGGCUUGACUGAUGAUGAAGCUGAGCAUGUCCUUCAGGUGGUCCAACGAGAUUUCACCCUCCGCAAGAGAGAAGAAGAUAGACUGAGUGAAAUGAAGCAGAAGCUGGACGAAGAGGGUAACAAGUGCAGCAUCCUUUCCAAGCAGCAGAGGUUUAAUGAGCGCUGCUGCAUGCGUUGUUGCUUCCCUUUUACUUUUCUCAUCAAUACCAAGCGGCAGUGCCAAGAUUGCAAAUACAACAUCUGCAAGAACUGCAGCUCCUAUCAGAGGAAGGAGAAAGCUUGGCUCUGCAAUGUGUGCCAGCAAGCUAGACUGUUAAGAGCCCAGUCCCUGGAAUGGUAUUACAAUAAUGUGAAAAGUCGAUUCAAGCGUUUUGGAAGUGCUAAAGUCCUGAGGAAUUUAUACAGAAAACAUCGACUGGAGACUGGAGCUUAUUCUGACAUACUAGAAGCAGGAAGCUUCUGUGAGGGAACCAUAGAGAAUGAAGGAAGUAUUUGUGGCAGUGACUCUACAUUCUACAGACAGAGUGAAGGACACAGCAUGAUGGACACCCUUGCUGUGGCCCUACGUGUUGCAGAAGAAGCAGUUGAAGAAGCCAUUUCUAAGGCUGAGACAUACAGUGAAAGCUUGGACAAACAGAAUGAAGCUUGUUACUUACGAGAACAUAAGGAAGAGCUGAUAGAAGAGCUUGCUACUACCAUUGUCCAGAAGAUUAUAAGAAAGCAGAAAAGCAAAACUGAGCAAGAGGAGGCUAGCUUCGAAUGGCCACAGUCCAGAAGUAGUGGCCUGACAUCGACUGCUGCCUCAGAUCAGAGCAUGCUGACUUUUCCAGGGAGUCGCAGGGGAUCAUACACAUUAUGGGAAAUGCUGGAACACAGAGCACCAUUAAGGCGAUUAGGCAGGAUCUUUUCUCAGGCUGAGAAGGCAGAAAGUGACGCAUCCCAUAAAUGGAGAUCUCAGUCGGCAUUCUCAUUGACUAAUGACGAUGCAUCAAGCAGAGACCCAGACCUUGCAUCUUCUGUGCCUGAGACUCUCUGGAGACAACCAAAAGGCCCAAUCAGGAAACAGAAAGAGCACAGACUAUCUGCAUUACCCAGCUGGAAGAGUGUGGACCAAUUAAACGAACCAACUCCUCCUCCUGUUUUACAAAGCACAGAUGGGAAUUGGGUGGCCUUGCAAAACGUCAUCUUGCCUCGCCCUCGAAUGCUUGCCAAACCAAAGAGCCAAGUAUUCAAAGCUUUGGAGAACGAAUCCAGUAUUGUAUCUGCUUAUGACGAGAUGGGCUCUGAUAGCGAAGAUGACUAUGACUGGAAUGUAGCUUUGAACAAGCUACGACGGAGGCCCAAGCAGUUGCCAAAGGACUCCCAUUACACUGAAUCCCAGUGCAAUACUGAAUGGGGUUGUGCCAAUGAGCUGUACCAGCCUGUGACCUCCCUUUCACCUGCUUUCUUUACCAAAACUGAGACAGUCUACUCUGAUUCUGAAACAUCUUCAGUCAGUUCUUCUAAGGAGGCUAGAGGAUCUAGCCAUCUUCCUUGGAUGCAAAGGAGAACUUGUAAAGAUAAGCCCAGAGAGGAAAAAGCACAAUUACAUGGAGAACUAGAUGUGAAUUUUAACCCACCAGCUACCAGUUUAGACUAUUCAGAUAGCAGCGAGAGUGAGGAAGCCUAUUAUGAUUUAGAAAAGAGAUCCAGAAGAUGGAAAAAAGGCAAGACUUUAUCAGAAGAUCUAUGCACAGGCAAAAAUCGCACAAAAGCACACAAGAAGAAUUUGAGCACAAGUCAGGUGUCUGAUGAUUUAUCAGAAACUGACAUAAGCAGCGAAGACCAACACCAUCAAACCAAGGCACACUCUAUGGAAGAAAAGCUGAAGUCAAGAUUAUACGAACUAGCUGAUAAAAUGAGUGAUAAUAAAGAAACUUCUUCAGAGGAGCUGGUGUCAGAGCCAAGAACAGAAUCAGAGAACCAGAAAUCUUGUUUAUCUUCAGAAGACAGUGGCAAGUGCAUUCAGGAGGAGCUAAAGAAGGAAAAGCAAAAGGCUUUUGAUCUCCAUCUUAAACUUCAGUUUUUAACCACAGCACUUCAGCAGAAAUAUUCCGCUGUGUCUCUCUGCAACAUAUCUACUGAGGUCCUAAAAGUCAUCAAUGCCACAGAGGAACUCAUAGCAGAAUCCACAGGACUGUGUGAUUUCUCAGCAGAUGCUUCUGAAAGAGGGAAAGGGGAAUUUCCUUUAGGUACAGACCCUAUCAGACUUGAUGAGCAACUCACAACCCUGGAAGAAAAUGUGUACCUGACAGCUGGCAGUGUGUAUGGCUUGGAGAGUCAGCUGAAUGAGCUUGAAGAUGCAGCCCGCAGAAUUAACAGCAUUACUGCAGAAUCUGACCUGGCUGACCUGGAGGACCAAGUAGCCACAGCAUCAGCACAAGUUCACCAUGCAGAACUUCAGAUUUCAGAUAUUGAGAGCAGAAUUUCAGCACUUACAGUGGCAGGCUUGAAUGUGGCUCCAUGCGGUCACCUGACAAGAAAGCGUGAUCAAAAGGAGACAAACCAGAUGCACACGAUAGACACAUCUAGACAACAGAGACGAAAGCUUCCUGCUCCACCAGUGACAGGUGAAAACAUGGAUGCUUCUCCAGUUACACCUGUUAAAACAUUUAACAGGAAUUUCAUACUCCAAGGAUCUCUGACACAAAGAACUAGAGAGAGAAAAAGUACUGCCAAGGAUUUGAUGGAACCAACUAUAGGGUCUGCGGUAAUGUACUAGAAUUACAGAAUUCUACUGCCAAUAACACACUGCCUAAGGCUGCACACUAGAGUGCCUUUAUAUAACAGCCAUUGUAUACAUCCAAUAAAAAAUGGACCCUCAAGAACCCACAAUGCCUCAAUAAUAGGGCUUUGUUUGGAUACCUCACUGAGAAAGCUGUACAAGUCUUCAGCAUUGUGGUCUGCUGUUGGAAACUCUGCCUUAAAGUUCGCAUGAAACUCCAGGAAGGACAUUGAGUUUCAUAUAAGCAAGGCUCCACAUUUUAAGAUGCACUUUUCCUCACAUUGUCAAUUGUACUAAAGUAUGUUGUCUUUCAAAUACAGUAUGUUUUUGUAUUCUUAAAUCAUUCAUUAACUGUCACUCUGUAGCUCAUGUGAAGGUCAAGGAAAAACUCAAAUCAUCCAGCCACAUGUGAUCCACAUAUGCUGGGCGCUUACAUACUCAUAUUAUGUCUUGUUGAGCAAUAAGAAGAAUAUCAGGAGUAGCUAUUAUUCCUGAAGCAAGUUGUGUAGAGGGAUGGCCAGAGAAGAGAAUUAUUGUAUGGCUCUGACCUGGUUGAAGGAGUGAUUUUUCCAUUUGAAUUCCACCAUGACAUACUCUGCUAGGUGCCGUAUGAGUGUCAUAAGGUCUUAGGUCUUAUAUCUAAGAGGAUAUGUUGGCUGGUUAGACUUUAACCUAGAUGAAUCUCAAAUCCCUUCCAUUAUUUAACAGCAAACCCAAUUAGAUGCCCAGAUGAAUUCCCAGCUGAAAUAAAUUAUAGCCUUUCCAUUGCUAGAAUUGACAUGGGACUCUACGGCUUAGAAGUCUAGCCCAGUAGGCAACAUUCAAAUUAUUAUAUAUACUUGCUCCAUCUCUGAAUCCACUGAUAACGAAAUCUUAAGUUACAGUGGUGGGCUAACUACAAAGUAUACACAACUCACCUUGCUUACAGGAGUGACUUUUUAGAAGUGCAUAUAUGCCAUUUAAAGACCAGAUUUUGAUAGUAAUUUUUACCAGAAGUUAAUGUCGGGUCCUGUGCUCCCACCAGAGUGGGCAGAAGAGACUUGGGGGCUCAUAGUCCACAGUCCUGAUUUCAGGGAAUGGGUGCUUUGUUCAGUGCUUUUGAUCCUAGAUGAGUGAGAUCCUUCACUCUGUACAGGUCACUGUCCGGUCCAUGUGGCUGGCAAAGUCCAGAAUAACUUGGUGGCUUAUCAAUUGACUUGGCUGAGCAUGUGAGCAUAAAAUACAGACAGCAAUACUGAGCACGUUGGGACUUAUCUGAACAGCAAAGUUAUGUUUCGAUGCAGCAAACUCUACAGUAGUCAGGGCUGAGUCCCGAGAACGAUCAAAAGAAAGCAGAUUCGAAGUUCAAAAUUUGUCUAAAUGCAACCAAAGGAAUAAGCUCCCUUUAUUUCUGUGCAAACUGAGUUAAAGACUCAGAUGCUGAACAAAGGUUCGUCAUGCUGCAUAGAUGCUUGUGCCCUUGUGCUCUGUUAUAGCACAUUCUUAUACAACUAAUGUGGCCAGGUUCAAUGCUGACCCCUGCUAGCUCAUUAGAACCUCCAGUUCACCCAUCGCAUGAAUUAAAAGAGUAAAAAAACCCCUCACACUUUCACUACUCUUUAAUUAUAAGAAUGAGAGGGCGGUUAAAAAGAGGCAAGUGGUUUUGAGUAAGUACCUGCAGUGUUAGUUUCAUUUAAUUCUAUUGGAUUUGUGUAUUGCCAUGCUCUUAUCUCAAAUUCCUAUGGACAUGUGCUCACAUUUCUCUUUGACUGCAGCCAAAAUGAUGCCUUCACAUACGUGCAUGAAAUCCUUACUGUCUUUUAUAGACUUGGCUAAUAUGCUGGCAGAAUUUUGUCUGCAGUGUAUAAAAAUCCAUAUAAUAUACCAUCUAGUGAAGGCUUUUGAACAAAAUUAGUGGUCUAAUACAAACAACUGUAAUUACUCAGUUUCCAUUCACAUGACUCUUUCUGAGCUUGUCCAAUACAUUCCCAGAUUCUUGUUUCUGCAGGUCUGCGUGUUAAUGAAAUGUCAGUCAUGAUGGCUGGUCUACAUAGUUGUCCAAUGAUACUAUUAGCUAAUACUGUGUAUGUAAUAUUGAAUCAGACAUGACUAAUUUUAAUAGAUAACUCUUUGGCUUUUGUUCUGUUGGUGUGAUAUAAAACAAAACUGAGUUUGGAAUAGAAUGUUUUUCCAUAAGAGGCAUGAAAAGCAACUACAGCUGUGUUCAAAUGUUAAACUAUUCAGUCUUCUUUGACAAAAACGUGUACUGUGUAGGCAUUGCAAAAAAAAAGAAAAAAGAAAAAAAAACCAGGAAAAAAAGAAAAAGAAAAAAAAGAAACUCCCUCCUGUUGUAUGGCAUUUCAAUUUUUACUAAAGUUUACUUGUGCCAAAUGUGCAAAGAUUUAAUUUACUGUUUUAAAGAAAAUCAUAAACAAUGUAUAUGUUAUAGCACACAAAGAAUUAUUUUGUCAUCAAGUGAUUUCAAUCCUUAGUGUUAAUAUUUAUAUUUAGAUUAAUUUUUUUAUAAAUGAAAAAUAUUUUAAUGGUUAAAACAAAUGAAGACAAUAGAACGAGCUGUUUGAUUCAGUCUGAGUGGAACUUAAUGCUUGCCUUGUUGUUGUUAUUUGCAUUCUUGCCAGGAAUUAUUGUCAAGAGAAAUGAUAUAAGAGUAAAACAAAUGAUUUAUGGAAAAAAUGGCUUUUGGGGACCUUGAUUGAUAAAGAAAACAUAUAAUAGAA